AUGAUUUCAACAUAUUUGCUUACUAACUUAUAGCUUUAAUUCAAAUAAACAAAGAUAAACCUACUUUUAAGUUUGUUAGUUAAUUUUAGAUAGAAUAUUUGCAUAACAGAUCAUACGAAAACAUUUUUAUAUUUAAAAACAAAUAUUUAAUAAAUAAUUAUUUUCUGUUAGAUUAAACUCCUUUAAUUAACAUAGAUAGAAAAUUAAGAUAUAUUUUAUCUUAAGGAAAAUCUGAUAUACAAGAAUAGAUUAAUUAUGCUACUUAAUAAGUUAUCGAUGGUAUCAUAUAAUGGUAUCCUAAUAUAACUAAUAGUUUUAAUUUGUUUACUGAUAAAGUAUCCUAUUGUAUUUCAGAUGUAUAAUUAAUCAAGAGAAAUCUUCAGUAAUUCGGAAUUUUUAAAGAAAAUGAAGAUAUCCUUAACAUUUAAUCAUAAAAGAAUUUAGAAACAAGUAAAAUCAAUUUAGCUAGAUUUUUGA